AUGCCGGAUCCGCUGUGCGCGUUUGUCGGUCAGGGCGCGGCGCUGACCGCGGCGGCCUGGGCCGCGGCGGCGGCGAACGCCGACGGCGGCGGACCAUUCCAGCGGCUCGGCGAGGGCCGGGGCGCGGCGUUGCGGGAGGCGUGGACGGUGGAGGCGGUGCGCACCGUGCCCGCGGAAAGGCGGGCGGCGGCGGGCGACGCCGACGAGCUGUUCACGUACGCCCGUCCGCCCACGAAGAGGGAGAGGCUCGAGAAGGGCGAGCGGCGCGCCGAGCAGCACCAGGGGUGGGCCGAUGCGCCGAAGGAGAAGAGGCGGAGGGCGGCGGAGGAGCAGACGGCGGCGCAGGCGGCGCUGCUGGGGCCGCUCGCGGCCGCGGACACCACGGCGUCGCUGGGAGGCGCGCUGAUGCGGAGGCCGAGCGCCAUCGUGGCGGCGGCGAGCUUAUUCACAAUCUGCUCUGCGAUGGCCGUAUGUAGAAGAACGGCUGAAAUAACAAACAAAUAG